GAGGGCGCCCGCGCGCAUUCAUCUUUAGCUUUAGCACACAGCUGCAGGGUUUGAUGGUGCUUUGAUGUCACAGUUGGCAUGAUGGUUUAAGGAGCGGCGGUGUCAAGGUGGCCGCGCGGGUGAUGUUGCGCUGGACGGUGCACCUGGAGGGCGGCCCGCGGAGGGUGAAUCACGCAGCGGUGGCGGUCGGACACAAGGUCUACUCGUUUGGCGGGUACUGCUCUGGCGAGGACUAUGAGACGCUGCGACAGAUCGAUGUUCACGUCUUCAAUACAGUGUCUCUCCGCUGGACGAAACUGCCGCCCGUGAGGACUGGAGGAAGGGAGCACACUCGUGAAGUGCCCUAUAUGCGCUACGGACACACUGCUGUCCUGGUGGAUGACAUCAUCUACAUCUGGGGGGGUCGCAAUGACACGGAGGGGGCGUGUAACGUUCUCUACGCUUUUGAUGUCAACAGUCACAGGUGGUUCACACCGAAAAUUUGUGGAACAGUUCCUGGAGCGAGAGAUGGACAUUCGGCCUGUGUUCUGGGGAAGUCUAUGUACAUCUUUGGUGGAUACGAACAGCUGGCCGACUGUUUCUCUAAUGACAUUCACAAGCUGAACACCACGAGUAUGUGCUGGUCACUAGUGAACGCCCGGGGCACACCGGCUCGCUGGAGAGACUUUCACUCCGCCACCAUCAUUGGCACAAAGAUGUUUGUGUUUGGAGGCCGAGCGGAUCGAUUUGGCCCAUUCCACUCCAACAACGAGAUCUAUUGCAAUAAAAUCAAAAUAUUCGACACGGAGACCAACUGCUGGCUCAACACGGCGUCUGCGCAGCUGCUGCCGGAGGGACGGAGAAGCCACUCGGCCUUUGCUCACAACGGAGAGUUGUACAUAUUUGGUGGUUAUAACGCUCGCCUGGACAGACACUUCAAUGACCUAUGGAAGUUUAAUCCAGAGGCGUUCUCCUGGAAGAAGGUUGAACCGAAGGGAAAAGGUCCGUGUCCCAGGAGAAGACAGUGCUGCUGUAUGGUCGGUGAUCGCAUCAUUCUGUUCGGAGGAACCAGUCCGUGUCCGGAGCAGGGAAUGGGUGACGAGUUUAACCUCAUGGAUCAUUCAGACCUCUACAUGCUGGACUUCAGUCCUAAUUUGAAGACUUUAUGCAAACUAGCGGUUAUUCAGUACAGUCUGGAACAAUCUGGACUUCCUCAUGACAUCAGGUGGGAGCUGACGGCGAUGACCACCAACAGCACCAUCAGUCGACCCAUCUUCUCCUCUCACGGCUGACUGCACAACUUCAGUUUCCUCUGGAAAAACGUCCCGCUCCAGAUGACUUGAUUUUCACAUAUUCUGAAUCAGAAUUGAAGUUCUUCGUAAAUCUUUUUGUCGGUGAAGACGUUUUCUCUGCGGAUGUUUCUGGUGAUCUGGGUUUGGUGCAGAUGAACGCUGUUUCCUCCUGAAGAUAAACCGAUGCUUUUAAAUCAGUCAGAUUAUUCCUCCUGGAGUACAAAUGAUGUUUGUUGAACUCAUUAAAUCUUGUUUGGAUUAUAUUUGAGAGUUUCACAGGCGUUCCACACGCGUGUUACAUCUCGACAGCAGAGAUGAUCUUCAAAAUCAUCUGUCAGAAAUCAGAACGUGUGGAGUUCAGCACAGAUCACAUUGUCACGUUAUUCUUCUUUAAACUGGAUUUGUGUUUUUUAACAAUAAACAUGUUGAGUCGAUCAGUGGAGAUGUAUAUUUCCUGUGCAUGCCAGCGUACUUCAACACAACCCUUGUGCUGUACAUACAGUCAGUAAUCUCUGUAUCUCAGUGUGUGAAAUAAGAUGUUUUGUAAAACUGAUGUCUGUCUGUGUGAUUUUACUACAGAAAUAUUAAGAGUGUUUCACUGUUAGUAUAAAGACUUCAGAUCACACACACCCUGAAUAAACUCAUUCAGUGCCGACUCUCAAAACCAGAUGAAAUAUUGAUCGAUUCAUUGAAACACUUUUGCAGGAAAUGAAUCUGAAUGAUUUAUCAGAUCUAUUUUAAUUUCCCUUUUAUAUUUCAUAAUUGUUUGUGUGAAUCAUGAAUCUCAUCCAGACGGUUAUAAAACAGUUAUAAACAGUUAUAAUCACAGUCACAAUGACACUAGUGUGAAGAUGUUUUACACAUGGAUUUAUUUUCACAAAUACAGUAUAUUUAUUAAACAUUUAUUACACAUGAGUGUUGUGUGAAAUGACACGUUUUAAAUGUGUUGUCAGUAUUUUUAGCUCCGUGUAAAAGAAGGUACGGCCGGAUCUAAAACACAUUUUAGAUUUGAGAGUUUUUAUUGAUUCGGAGUCAUUGUGCAAACUGGCCAAAUAUUUGACAUAUUUCAUAUAUUGAGCCUAACAUUACACAUGCGGGUUGCAUAGAAAUAAUUCAUUUUAAUUUACGUAACCUGAAAAUAAAGCGAGUUCGACUGCUGUUGAUUCGAUGUCUUUCAAGUAGUUGCAUAUAUUGAUCUUUUCUCUUGAUCGUUUAUUGAUAAGACUCGAUGGAAACGUCUUCAGAAUGAAGAAUUCAAGGACAGUUUUUGUUCAUUUGGAUCAAAUACAUAUUCAAAACGAGCCGUUGGAUUAACGAGAUACUCAAUGAGGAUUAAUCAUGUGCUGAAUAUCCAUCAUGACUUCAUGAAACAAACGUGUUAUAAAUGCUGAAAUAAUACAGGAGGGUGUUAUAAGUGUGCUGUAUCUAAUAAUUAUUCCUGUACUGUAAGUCAUGAGAUCUGAUUGGUGAUUUUAUUCUUGAAUCUUCAAGUGUUUGUAAAUGAUUCUUGAAUCUUCUGCACAUAAAAGGACUCAGUUCAUGUUGGAAACGGGUUUUAAAUUAAUUCUACAGAAUAUUCUAAUUUGUCUGAAUUUUUUUAAUAAAAUGGAUGAUCAUGUA